AUGUGGUUCACCACGCGCCAGGAGGGCCUUGACGACCCCAGACCGGCCAUGCGCGGCCCCUGUGUCGAUCUGCCUACCACCGUGUUCUGUGGUGGUAUAGGAGGCAACAGUUUCCUGCUGCGAGGCGGCUUUCUGUUGCAAUUCUUUUCUCUUACGUGCCUUUUCAUCUCUUACUGGGCCUCAGGAGGUUCCGGCCUCUUCGGCUACCAGCUGCAGGGCAUGAGCGAGGCUGCCCGCAGCUCUGAGGGCUUUCAUAUUGCACUCACCGUCUUCUCGGGUUUGUAUAUGUUGGGCGCUACUUACUUAGUUUGUUUCCAGGCCAUUGCAGCAGAUGACGCCUGGUGA